GGAAAGCACCUUCGGUUUCGGUAUCAGUAGACCCUAUAAAAAAGGUGAGCACUUCAUAGCCCAUCAUUUAGUCUUCUCGAACAAGUUGUCUAAACAAAACUAAAGUGGUAAACAUUGGAUUAAACAGUUUGAAGUGCAGGAGUUUCACAACACAAUAAUAGAAUUAUCUCGUCCUGACAGUGGAGUCUAUGCCAAAUAGUCGAUCCUCUAGCGCCAUGGACCAUGAUGACAGCAGCCAGUCAUCUCUGACUAUAACAGCAUCUGUUAGCGAAUCUCCAAGACGCGCUCGCAAAGCCCAGCCCAACAGCGCCUCUGUCACAGCUAAGCCAGGAGAAACAGUCACGAAGAAUAUCGUGAAAGUGAACGGAGAAUUAGUUAGUGCUCCGACACGGCCACCAAUAUGCCAAAAUGGACUUAACAGUGCCACCAGUCAAAUAGCAACCAUCACGAUUGGGGAGGUCAAUGACCAGAAUGCCAAGCCUAAUGGACAUUGUAGGCCCGUGAAACCUCCAGAAGUCAAACCAGAUCCUCCCAAAUGUUUCCAGAUAUUUGUUAACAACUUUGCAGACAGCAGAAACUAUGCUUUUGAAGUAACUUCCACAUUCCUGGUGGAGAAACUGAUGACGCUGAUCCAACAGAAGCUCGAUAUCCCAUUGGAUCAGCAGAAACUGACUUAUGCUGGUAAGAAUUUGGAGCGCGGAAUGAAACUAUCACAUUACAAUAUACGUGAGCACUCAACAAUUCAUCUGACUGCAAGGCUGAGAGGUGGUUAAAUGUAUUCAAAUUGACUUGAUAGCAACAAUAUUUCAUUAUUUCUGUUUCCCAUCAACGUAAUCCAAUUAAGCAGCUCUUUAUAUACAAUUAAACUGAUGAAGUUUAAAUGUUCGACAAAAGAAAACUCAGCACUGCAGUUCUUAAAGGUUCCAAUGUGAAGUCUACAUUAAGGCUACAUAAACAAUCAACUAAUGAGAUGUUAAUGUCAGAGACAUUGAGAUGUUAAUGUCAGAGAGUUACAUUAAUCAACAGAUUAUGAUUAGCAUGAAUGUGUUGGAACUAUUGUAUUUGUAUUAUUCUGUUAGCGUUGUUAGUGUGUAUUUAGUAUGUACAAACUACAGAUUUGUAACAAAACAAAUAACUUAAGUAAUUUAUUUUUCGUUAUCACAUUGGUGUGAUUGCAGAUAUAUAUAUAUUGUGUCUGUAAUCAUUUUGUAUUUACCCACUAUAAUAUUCAUAAUGUAACGUAUCUGUUCACUAAAAUUCUUGAUUACAAAAGGAUCAUUCCAAUGUGUAAAGAUGUGUAGAACGAACUUAUAUGACCUUGAACUUGUUGACCUAUGAUGUUAGUUUAUUGUGUUCUUGCUGUAUGCAUACAGCUAGGGUCUUGCAUUUUUAAUACAUUCUAACCUUUAUGAAUAUUUUAUGUCGAAAUUUAGCAGUAAACCUACUAGAGUACAACUGCAGCAUUAAGUAGAAUUAGCAAAUAUUUAGUUCUAACUCUUUGAAUUUGUAUUAAAAAUAUUUUAAAACACAUUUGAUGUAGGUGCUAAUUGUUUUUUUUUUUCUCUUGAGAUCUAACAUUUACACUGUUCCGGAGAUUUUAUUACUGUUAAUUCAUAAAAAAGAUGAAAUAAACUUUAAAAACAUU